UUAUUUUUGUAGCGGGAUGCGUAGAAACGAUAUUUUGUUUAUCAAUAAAUAAAAAAAUUAAUUUAUUGAUAUCACUUGUGAUUUUAUAUACUAAUAAAUUCGUUACAAUUAUUAUUAUCGCCAAUCGCUUCGGUAAAUUAAAAAUGAACUACUGUUGCCAUAAAUUACGUAUAUACCCAUAUAUACAUGUGAAUAAAGUAGGUUAGGUAUACCUAUUUAAUUUGAUCUCAAAAUGGAACGGUCCAUCAAGAUCAGAAGGUUAUGAUAAACAAAGCGAUAUACCCCUUGACAUUUAUAACAUAAAAAUAAAAUAAUAAUGGAAAUAUAAAAAUAAGAGUAAUGCUCAUCUAUACGAAGACAAUAUUUAAUCAAACUAAGUAAAUACCAAUCGUUGGUUUCGCAAAGAUAAACCGAAUUUAUUACCACAAUUUAUUAACGGAGAGGUAAGAUAUAACAUUAUUAUAGCUUAUAAAAGUUGAAGAUCAUCUGCAGAAAAAAGUGAGUUAACCCCGUGCGCUUGUCCUCAAUAUAUAAUACGCAAAAUUGCGCAUGUGCCAUCCAUUGCGUAAGAAAUUCUUACUAAGAAUCCUUCAAUCGACGCGCGGCAUAUACACCGACGAGAUCGAAAAACACGAGGAUUGCUAUGACUGCAUCAGUAUGUGAAGAUGCAACACGAGACGUCGUUUGUUGAAAUCAGUCUUGUCAGUGCUUCUCAACGUGCCUGAACUACUUAUACUUCUGAUGAUGAAUCCACGAUUAAUUUGGCCGUUUUAUCGUUCAUGAAUGAAUCGAUAGAAGAUUGGAAGUUAUUGAUUAUAUCGCGAUUGCUAAAUUUCCUGAUCGUCGCUUCUGCAGCUGAGAUUGGGUUUAGAACGACGUCUUCUUUUCCAUGAAAUCCUGGCAGGCAGUCGUUUUAAUACCUUGAUAAAAUGCUCACACAGGUGAUUUUGUAAAUCAAUUACGUAAAUGGUGCUCGAAGUGAUUAUUGUUCUCAGUAUAAAAGGUCUCCAUCAUCAUUUGCUUCGACUGUUAUCAAGACAUAGUUGACAGCAGACAGUCGUUACCAAAGGAGAGCAAUUAUGAAAUGGUCAACUAUUUCACUGAUCCUUUGCAUUUUUGGGUUUUUGAAGGAAUUCAGACCUAAUGAGCCAUUUGUUACAAACUAUUUGAGAGGACCAUGGAAAAAUUUCACAGAAGCUGAAGUAAACCAAGAAAUUUAUCCUGUUGGUACAUAUUCCUAUUUUUCAGCAUUGAUAAUAGUAUUUUUGGUAACAGAUUUUAUUCGUUAUAAACCUGCCAUAAUACUAUGUGGCCUAUCAGGAGCAGCCACAUUUUUAACAAUAAGGUUCGGAACAACGAUCGCUCACAUGCAAAUUGUUGAAUUUCUUUAUGGGCUGCUGCUAUCCACUGAAGUGGCAUAUUACACCUAUAUCUAUGCCAAAGUUGAUAAGCAGCAUUAUCAAAAGGUAACAAGUCACACUAGGGGGGCAUUUCUUCUCGGUCGAUUCAGCGCCGGCUUAGUAGCCCAACUUACAACAUCUUUUAAUGUUCUGGACUACGAGCAGUUGAAUUACUUAACAAUUGCAUCACUUGGAAUAGCUGCUAUUUGGGCAUGUUUUUUGCCACCAGUCAAACAGUCAAUAUACUUUAAUCGAUUGGAACCUAUCACUACUGAUAUCUCCACUUCACUAGAAAGUCAAGGAAGCAAUAAUACAUUAUCUACCUCAUCGCGCAAACUAUCCAAUGCAGGAACAAUUGGUUUUUUUGUCAAAGUGAGACAUGCGUACUAUCUUCUUUGGGAAGAUUUUAAAAAAGCAUACACCAACAAACAUGUUGUUAAAUGGUCUCUUUGGUGGGCAUUUGCGACUUGUGGUUAUUUGCAAGUUAUAAGUUACAUACAAUUGUUGUGGGAAGAUGCCUCAAAAUCUGGAAGAAAAGAUGGAAGUGAUGAAUAUAGUUAUACAAUUUAUAACGGUGCUGUUGAAGCUGCAUAUACAAUAAUAAGUGCCAUAGUUGUAUUUUUUGUUGGCAAUUUGCAUUUUAAUUGGCCGUUAGUUGGCGAAGCCAUAUUGUCCAUAUUUUCAAUUUUUGAAGGUUUUUUAUUACUUUUAUCAUACAUCAGUUAUAACAUAUGGGUUUUGUAUGUUGCCUAUAUGGCCUUUGGAGUCAUUUACCAUUCAAUCAUCACAAUAGCUAGUUUUGAAGUUGCUAAACAUUUAUCAGAAGACAGUUAUGGCCUCAUAUUUGGAGUAAACACAUUUUUAGCAUUGUUGUUACAGUCUUUACUGACAUUCAUUGUUAUAGACAAAAAUACACUUAAUUUAGAUAUAAGAAAUCAGUACCUGGUUUAUGGUGGGUAUUUUAUAGUGCUGGGCAUUGUUUUUAUGAUAAUGAAUGCUUUUACACUCAUCUACUACUGUAAGAAUGGAAAACCAUUGAAAAUAUGGUUGAAAAAUGGUGAUUCCAAUUCUGAGUCUCAAGAUAAAGUCAAUGACUCUGACUGAAGCACUACAUUGUCUCAAAGGAAACGCAGCAAAGCGCUAGCAUCGUUGGAUGUCGUAGAGGAAUAUAUGCGUUGUUGUAUUGUGCUAAUAAUGUAACGUGAAUGUUAGGAGAACAUUAUAUGUUUGUCUCGACCUGCUAACGUUCGAACAGAAUAUUUUGAUUUUUUUAUAGUUUUUUUUACAGCGACCACAAAAAUAAAAAAAAUCAUCAGAUUUUAUAUUUUUUUAUACUUUACGAUUUUUAUUUUUGAGGUCGUUAGUUGCCGGUUUAUAUGUAUGAGUGUCUAUAAAUUGUUGCACAAUUUAUAAAUAAAUCAUACUUCCAUAAAUAAUAAUUCAGGGAUUUUCAGGAUUGUUGUUGAAAACUCAAGUUUAGAAUUGUCAAAUUUAAAUAAAAGGUACAAAGAUGUUUUCCAUGUAACAAUAAUAUAAUGGCCUUUAGAGUUUAUAAUUAUUAAGUGCCAUAUUUUAGCUAGUUAAUAUUCAAUUUGAAUUUUAUAAUUCUAAACUUGAUCGAAAUUUAUAAGAUCCGUAAAAGUCAUCUUUAUUCGUACAUUACUUUUGUGAACUGUUUUAAACGUUAAAGGUUGAAAUAUUACGUGAUAGACGAAUUGACUGUUCCUGAUAUUAGAAUUAUAUUAGUUAUAGUAGAGAAAAAGAUUGUAUAUUUGUUACUUGUUUUAUAGAUGUGAUAUACAUGUUUAGAACAAAAAGGCCACAAAACAACUAUAAUUUAAAAAAGGCGUAUAUAUUAUACAUGGUUAUAUUGUGAUAAACUAUUUUAUGGGAUGUAUAAAAACUGUUUGAAAAAUAAAAUGUUAAAAUAUCGAA